GGGAUUUAUCAGAACGAGGUCUGUCAUUGAACUUUGUCGAAACUUCAGUGACAGUGCCUCCAGUCUGGUCGGUGGUUCGCAUGGGGUAACUUGGUUCGAAACAUUCCAGGAAUUCUGAACAAUUCCGAUUGGUUUGGUAAAAAAAGUUGGAUGGUAUUGUGAGCGCGAAGGGAAGUGUCGUCUGGUUGUGAUUUCGCCGUCUGCUGCUAUCGGAGCGAAAUCAGGUGCUGAAGAAAGUACUACAGAAAACAUGGAUAUGAGGGUCUUCCUAUUCGUGUGUCUGUUGUCAGUUCUCGCUGAAAUCUCGCUUGGAAGGAGAUAUCAUCGGAGUUACUCACACAGUUGGUCGAGCAGCUCUAGGAAUAGCGCAAUCGCCUACCACCAUAAAACCCAGUCCAGCAGUUCAGAGGUCAAGUCUUCAGGUUCAGCUCGGGUAUCUUCCGCCCAGGAAACGGCCCCCACUCAGGCCCAUACAGAUGUGGACACAGCUUCUGGAUCCUGCUCCUCAUCCUCACAGUGUUUCUGCUGCAGAUGGACCACGAGACAGACAGAGAGCAUGUGCUCCUCCAACGUGUGUUUGGAGAUGUCUAAUGGCGUGUGUGUCAGGAUGGAUAGGCGGAGAAGAAACAACCAGCCAUGUAUAACCCACAAUGAGCGCGUGUGUAUCUCGUGUUGCAAACGCUCCACAACUCAAGCAAAAUGUUCCGCACCUCGCCCUGCUCUUCAGCCUAUUCGACGUCGUCGUAAUGAGCAGUAUUUUCGACCUGAAAUCCCAAAUUCUCAAGCCUGCUGCCAGCAGGCCCAGACCCUUCGUAGUUGGUGCUGCGUGGCUUCAUCCGGCGCCCCUUGUUGUGCUGCUCUAGUCAUGACAGCUUCUGAGCAACUUCUUGCUCGGAUGGAGGCUCAGCGGAUUGCUCGUUUGAGGGCCGAUCAAGUUGCAGCUCUUCAACAACGUGAGGCAGCAAGGCUUGCCCUUCUGAGGGAGGCUGCAGCGCGGCAGGUAGCAAGACAGGCUGCAGCUCAGGAAGCUGCUCGACUCGCUCUCCAGGCCCAAAGGGUGGCUGAACAACGUGAGGCCGCAAGAAUUGCUGUUCUGCGAGAGGCUGCAGCGCGUCAGGCUGAGGCUAGGCAAGCUGCUCGUCUUGCUGCUCUUCAGGUUGCCCGAGAACAAGAAAUGGCGGCGGCACAGGCUCGACUGGCUGCCCUUAGAGCUCAGAGAGAGGCAGAGCUUGCUGCUCAGCACGAGGCUCUUCGCUUGGCUCAGGUGGCCGCAGAAGCUGAGGCUGCUCGUCUUGCUGAGCUUCAGCGCCAACAGCAGGCGGCUCGACAAGCAGAGGUUAUAGCCCAGGGUGAGCGGGACAACCUUGCAAGACUUCAGGCUGAACAAGCUGCAGCACUACGUGUUCAACAGGACGCUGCAGCCGCAGCUCAGCAGGAAGCGAACCGACUUGCUCUCAUCGCACAAAGGGUUUGCAGUAGCUGUGGUUCCUCCGUCCAACCCCUUCGGGUCCCCGAGGCACAGAGGCCAGCUUGCUGUACUUCUGCCGCCCAGCCCCAGCCCCAGCCCCAGCCCCAGGUCCAAGUUACAACAUGUUGCUCAGGAGGCAUGUCUGUCCGCACCGCCUGCUGCUCAUCCUCUGUCAGCCUCAGCCCGAGUCCUUCUUGUUGCGGGGCUUCACAGCCUCUAACUCAGGCCAGCUCUCCACAAGGUCGUUCCGUUUGCUGUACCUCCUCAACAGCAGCUCGUGUCUCAUGCUGCAGAACAAAUGGCUGGAUGGGCGUCUGCUGUUAGAUCGCUAAGUUCAGAUCAAUUUUGCCUAAUUUUAGACCUACUAACUUAACAUGCCCUUUCUGAUUUGGGUUUAACACUUGUUGGGAUGCAUAAAACUAUGUUUGCUAUUUCGUAUAAAUGAUGGCAAUGUCAGUGUAUGCAGUUGCUUGUUAUCAAAUGAUGAUUAACACAGUGAAAGGCAACGACUUUUUUGUGAACACUUAUUGUAAUACUGUACUUAAAACUGAUUGUCCAUACCCGGUGAUUUUGUAUCCACUUUUGUAUGUCUUACAAAUUUGUUACUUCUAACCUCUCCAAGUAGUUGAUUUAGUUGUGCAAAUCCCUGGCUUUGCUUAGCUCUCCCAUGAAAUGUACCUCUCUACCUGUAAAUCUUGAUUUCUCGCGCCUAGCCUCUUGAUAUCUAUCGCCACCCGGAGGUGUGACGAUUCCCUAUACCUUGUAGCGCCUGCAGCCUACCCUUUUGGUAACUCACGCCAGCAUCAGGUGUGACGACUUCCAAUGGCCAGCUUCUAGCUUAUCCUUAUCAGUAACGCAGCCUCUAGCCUAUCCUCUUGGUAUCGCAGAUAUGAUGUUGUAGAAUACCUUGUGGCGCGCCCCCUACUCACAGCCUACACCUUGGUGUCUAACAACUUCUGUGUUAGAUGUCCUAUGCCUUGUAGCGGAUCUUCUAGCCUGCCCUCUUGGUAUCAAACGCCUCCUGCAGUUGGGUCGCUGUCCUUGCCUUGUAGCGCAUCUUCUAGCCUACCCCUUUGAUAUCUAAAGCCUUCGAUGUCCUAUGCCGUGUAGCGAGCAUCUUCUAGCCUAACCACUUGGGAUCUAACGCCUUCGAUGUCCUUGCCAUGUGGUGCCCAUCUUCUAGUCUACCCAUUUGGUAACAAACGCCUUCUGCAGGUGUGUCGAUGUCCUACCCACAGCCUACCCUUAAGCAGUCAUACUUCCGAAAUAUAUGGAUAUAAAUACCUUGUGGAUAUGUAGCUUGAAUAAAACACAUUUCCCCACGUUA